AUCGGACUUCACGUCGAUGGCGAUCGGUGAUGUGAGUCAUGUGAGUGUGUCGAAGUUUUCGCGAAGCACAUGCGAAGUACGUUGUUGAGAGCGAAAGUUGAUAGAGACAGCACGAUAAUUUCACGAUGAGUUUCCGUUUAAUGAGUUUUUUCUAAAAAUUGCGAUCAAAAUUGAAUGAAUGUUAAAUAAAGUCAAAAAGAGAUAGGUUAAGAAAGCCCUUCUUUUGUAUAAACAAUCAUAUAUAUAUUUUAUAUCAACAGAAAAAACAAUGCAAAAUUUUCUACAUUUCAAUAUUUUAUAAUACUGUUCCAUUCAACAUUUUACGAAUUAAUUUUAAUUCCGUUACCUUGACAAUUUUGUUGUAAAUUCACAGUAUAGCCUUGAUCAUUGCAAUUAUAUUCGUUGUUUGUAUUUCAUUUACAUUUGAAUUAUUUGGAUUAUUGUAAUAUGAUGGUAUCCUGCACAAUUUAACGAUCCAAUUUUAUAAUAUAAUGUUAAUUAUAAUAUUAAGCUCUAAAUCGUAAACUCUAAACAUAUUGCAAAAACGCUGAAUAACAUAGAAAAAUUAAGAAAAAUCGAAUGUUGCUAAUAUGCAUUGGUGAAAAUUUUAGAACGGAUACAAGUGAAUUUGCAUUCACAAAUGCUAUUUUUGAUACAUUACUGCAAGUAGAUCAAGACAAUUACACGGGAAGGAACACUGAUUUAUAAACAUUACACAACGAUUCGACAGCUGUUUUGUAUCCAGAGUACUUUCAUGUCGGUCGAAAAACGUGCAACUGCAUCAAAGUUCCAGAUAUGUUUGCAUCUGAAAAACUCACGUUAACGUCUAAGAAACCUCAAGAGCAAUGCUCGAAAGUCGCGCCUAGGAAACCUGUAAAGGGUUGCUAUUGUCAUUCCGAGGCGAGCAAGACGCACGCAAGAUCGUUGCGUCGCAAACCCGCGUCGCCCUGCCGUCAUUGUCGAAGCGAGCUCGAGCUCAGACCCGUCGAAAAGGUUGACGACAAAACGGCGCCAGCCGCGCCGAUCAGCUGCGAGACGCUCAGAAGAGUUUGGAAAAUCGACUACGCGCCCAGAUCUCAAUUCCUUCGGAAUGUGCAGAGCAAGCUCUGUGAGUUACGGACCGCGGAUCGGGGAAGCUGUCCGCGAACGUGUCCGCGAUCGUCCGAUUAUCACCAAAUUAUGACAAGCGCGAGGAUGCAGGAUACCAUUGCCGAUGGGAGAACGGUAUUGCAAGCGGAUAAAUGCAAGUGCAUUGACGAGAGGCGAAGAUCUCCGAAGGCGUCCACGAAUUCACUAGGAGCGAGCGAACAAAGCCGGUCCGACGACGUCGUCUGCGCUUCGAGCAAAAGAGCUCAAGUGUCUCCGCGAAAGUUGUCAAAGUCAACAUUACGAAAGACUAUCAGAUCCAGGAGGCCGAUAUCGGAGUCCAGCGAAAGAUCCGCGUCGAAAUCGCCAACGCGAAGAACGACGCGGUUGCGCAACCAAGAUUGUCCUUGUUGCUAUAGAAGCGAGCUCGAGAGGAAGACCGCGAAGCUCGGCGGUGAUAAGCGUGCGGAGAGACGCGAUUUACCGAGGUAUUGCGAGCGAAGGGAACAAUGCUCGCGGCACGUCGAUGGCCCCGAGGAUUCCGUGGAUCAGGAAGUGGAGGACCUGAAGAAGUUCCGAGAGCAAAAUUAUUUCGAGACGCACGGCUCGAGCCACACCUUGACAUCGUCCGGAUCGUCGGGAUCGUUGCAGCAAUAUCUGCUGAACGAGCGAUUGUUUCCGGAGCCGGUGAGCAGAAUUCACAGGCAGGAUCUGGUGGUGACGAUGCCGCCGUGCGCGACGACGCAGAGGAAGCGCGUCCAUUACUUUCCCAGAUACGUGGUGCGGCAAGAGAGGAGUGCCGGCUGCAAUACCAAUUACAGACGUAAACGAUGCCAGAGCUGUCCUCUCACCGGGCACGCUGUUGAUCUCGGUGUCCUGAAGGCUAGACCGCCGUUAAAUAGCCUGGCACUCAAGUAUCAGAAAAGAGCUGCUUGACGAGGUCGAAGUAAUAUAUGAUGUUCUCAAACCUUGAUUUUCAUUAUUGAUUUGGGCUCUCAAAGAUUUGGUAACAAAAAUUUCAAAACUGAUCGUGUCUCAACUUUUGUAUGUAUAUACCUCUUUUACGCUGUACGUAAAUACACUUUGUAUGUUAAAUAUUUAAAAAAUAUUUUAUAUCGUUAUUUUAUUUGUAAUAAAGUAGUGUAUAAUAAUACCAAAUUACCAAAAUUUACCAUAACCACCAAAAUCACCAUAAUAUCAAAUUCAUUUUUGGCUUUUCGACAAAUCCAUUCUAUUUGCCUCUAAUUAUAUUAGGAAUCCCUAAGCCGCAUGUCCAAUUAUUUUCUUAUUAUUUUAUUUAAAAUUAACAAUAUCUCAUAAUACCUAAUUCACAUAUAUGACAUUAAAGACAUUUACAAUUAAAAUUUUAUUUUCACA